AAAAAGACGAGACAAUAAUGGCGGACGUUUUGUAAAGUGACGCAAGCGUAACGUUUUACGGCAUGCGUUUAUUCAAUAUUUCUAUAGUUAAAGUUGUUAAACUAUUAAAGAAAUUAGCAGUAAACACAUGACCAAUUAGUAAAGUGUCAACGAAAAUCAUUAGCAAUGGCACGUGAAUUUGAUCAUCUCUUCAAAUUGCUGAUUAUCGGUGACAGUGGUGUUGGUAAAAGCUGUCUCCUCCUCCGGUUUGCUGACAACACAUUCUCCGGUAGUUAUAUUACAACUAUAGGUGUUGAUUUCAAAAUAAGAACUUUAGAGAUAAACGGUGAAAGAGUGAAGCUUCAAAUAUGGGACACGGCAGGCCAGGAGAGGUUCAGAACGAUUACGAGCACGUACUACCGAGGUACUCACGGCGUCAUCGUUGUGUACGAUGUCACAAACGGAGAGUCCUUUGCCAAUGUCAAGAGGUGGCUGCAUGAGAUUGAGCAAAAUUGUGAUGUCGUAAACAAAGUUCUAGUUGGUAACAAGAAUGACUGUCCAUCAAGGAAAGUGGUGGUUACAGAGGAUGCCCAAAGGUUUGCUAAUCAAAUGAACAUCCCAUUGUUUGAAACUAGUGCAAAAGAAAAUAUCAAUGUGGAGGAAAUGUUUCUUACUAUCACUAAAAUGGUACUCAGAUCAAAAUUAGAAAUGAAGGAGAGACAAAAUGUUACAGCAAAUGAUAUAGUCAAUAUAAAAGGAACCAAAACCAAGAAUGUGAAGAAAUGUUGCCAGUGAUUGUAUGCUGGGUAUAUCAGGGAUGUCGCUUACAGAAUGCUCAAAUGUUGAGACAUGUUGCACAACCCUAGCAGGACACUAGUUGGCCGAGAAUUUACCGUUUUUGUAACAUUGCAAGUUGUCACUGCAAGGUACAAACAUGUAUUAAAAUAUCCCGAGAACUUAUCCAAGUGCAGUUUCUAUUGACAGUAUACAAGUUGAUCUCUAUAAAAUAUAAUUGUGGCGGUGUUAGUUUUAUUGGAUGUAGCCCUGUCAAUGUUCUAUAGUUACUGUGACCUAUGCAAUUAUUUACUGUUACUUUGAGUGUUAGUCCUAUGUGCUGGGUUGAACAAUCUCAAAUUUUAUGAGCAGUCGCCUAAACAACUCCAAAUAUUAGUAAUGUUAUAAAUUCAUAUUGAAUUUGCUUGUACUCUAUCAAAUUGUGGAGUGUAUGAAAUGGAAUAUGAAGUGUAAAUGUAUACCAUUAAUUUAAUUAUAAAAUUUAAUUAUUAAUUUGAUAUUAUUAAAGUGAUGUGUAUGGUCCUUAUUGUCAAAAGGUCCCUUCACAUUUGAUAGCUUAUUUUAUAAAAGUAUUAUUUUGUUUAACAAGUGUCAUAUAAGUCCAAAUUAUUUAUUUUUAUUUUCAAUAUAGAGAUCACAAAGUAUGGAAUACUGUUUUCCUUGUCCACCUUUAAAAAGUUAUAAAUGAUUACAUAGUUAUUUUAAUGUCAGUGAAAAAGUAAACAUUGAACAAAACUGUUACAAUUUGGUUUAUUCUAAUAUUAUUUCAACUUUUGCAAGUUUUUUUUGCUAAUAUACAGAUGUUAGGUAAUUUUAUGUGAUGUAUAAUUCAGAAUUAAAUAUAUUAUCAACAUUUGAAUAUGAAAUUGUUCAACACAUGACAUAUGUUUUAAGACAAUAGCAAGUUUUAGAUUAAUUUAGGUGAACCCUAAACAGUUUUUUUUAAUAAAGAUAAGUAGAUUGGUUAAAUGUAUUUGUAUACUAUAUAAUGAUUAUUU